CUUAACAUACCGUAGCAAAUGGAAGAGGGUAUUCAGACAGUGAUUAGCUGUAUUUGCAAAGUGUGAGGAUGAAAAUUCCGAUUACAUUUUUUUUCUGAGACAAAUAAAAAUACACCUAAAAGCCGCAACUUCUUUCAAAGAUCAAGAGCGGGAAGAAAAAGAAGACAGCAAAUUCCCUAAUUAACAUUUGCAUGCUGCUAUUGCACUUGAGACAGAUGCACUUUAAAGUGAAGUGAUAUCGUUCUUCAUUUAUUUACCUCACUGCCUUGCGACCUUCCUAGGGGGAUUUGUGACCAGAUCAUUAACUUGAUCGUUCUUUGAAAUUAGCUUCCAAACUCCUCGGUUACCUCCCCAAGAAAUCAGAGAAAUAAAAUAUUUGAUCUUGUUUAUGGUUCCUUCUGUACUGGGAGCGCAGUGACAACAAUAACAUCUUCCUCUGGAGAUACCGAUUAUAUUCUUCCUGCUACAGUGCGGGGUCAACCAAGACAAUCAGUGGUCUUUUGAUUCAUUGACCCCCUGUUACAUUUUGCAUCACAUAUUUAUUCUAUUGAUUAUUGGACGUAACCUGCAUUGAUGUUACAUCCCGCGUUUUAAUACUCAGUAGAUAUUUGAAAAAUAUAAGAAGAUUGGAAAUAAAUCUAAACAAAAGAAAAGGUGAAAUUCCACAAUCAAAUACAUCUGCUGGUGAUAUUUACAAGGGGAUAAUAAAAAGUAUGAUGAUGACCAGCACCACCGCUGACCAUGUGAAAAUGGAGCCCCCGUUUUAUCAUGAAGAGCUGAACCUGCAGGAAUUUGCGCACAUCGCGGGGUACAGUUCAGCGGGGAGUAGCCUGGCUGUAACCCAGCGCACCGGGGGAGGAGGACAGGAGCCCGGGGUGAGGUACCCGGAGCACAAACUUAUUGGGGCCAACAUCAUCAUUCAAGGGAGCAGCAUGAAAAAGAAAAACAUGGCUGCAUCUGGUGCAGCGGCGGCUAUCGUAGCCUCAGUGCCUCCUGUCCCAGUGAUCCAGGCGGGAUAUUCCGAGGUGAUUACCCGGGGAAGCGAUGCCCUCAAGCUCAUACAAGCGAGCGGAAACACCGCAGGAGGAGGGGGUUUGAACGACCCCACUGGGGGCAGCCGAGAAGCAGCAGUGGGGAAUAACCACAGCCCUGUGUCAACUGCCGGAGAAGGAGGAGCCGCGGUGGUGGCCGGGGUUGUCCCUGGUGUAGUUGGGGGGAGUAGCAGCAGCAGCAGCUCCUCUUCCGAUGUGUCUCUGCUGCCUGUCGGUGCAUCCUCUGCUAUCAACCUGCUGAAGCUCACCCCUCCCGAGCUGGAGCACCUUCUUAUCCAGGCUGCUGCCAACCCCGUACUUGCUUCCAGCAGCAGUCCUAGUCCGACUUCCGCAGCUCCCCAACAGGGCAUCUCGCUGCCCGGUGCUCCCCAACAGGGCAUCUCGCUGCCCGGUGCUCCCCAACAGGGCAUCUCGCUGCCCGGUGCUCCGCACCCCUUCCUAUACCGCAGCCAGCAAAUCAUCACGCAGGAGCAGGAAGGCUUCGCGGACGGUUUCGUUAAAGCCCUGGCUGACUUGCACAAGCAAAACCAACUACUAGGCACCCCCAUCUCCCCCUCGGCCCUGGCUGCUGGGUCUCCCACUUACCCGGCUCGCUCCCUGCACCCUGCCGGGGAGGUGCCGGUCUACACCAACCUCAGCAGCUUCAAUCCGGCGGCCGCUGCACAACUCAGUCCGCCUCUCACCCAGCCUCCCACACCCGCCUCCUACAGCUCUGCAGCAGGCACGACUUCCGCAGCCUCCGCUGUACAGCUGCAGUUUGCCGGACUGAGCCGCUUACACCCGGGCAGGGGCCCCCUAGACGAGCCGCAGACUGUGCCUGACGUAUCCAGUGCAGCCCCCACAGGAGCAGAGCCCGGAUCUGUGUCACCAGCUACUCUAUCCCCCAUCGAUCUGGAGACUCAAGAGCGGAUCAAAGCGGAGAGGAAGCGGCUAAGGAACCGCAUUGCAGCCUCCAAGUGUCGCAAAAGGAAGUUGGAGCGCAUUGCCCGCUUGGAGGAAAAAGUUAAGGUUCUAAAGUCCCAAAAUUCAGACCUGGCCUCCACCGCCAGCCUCCUGCGGGAGCAAGUGUCCCAGCUCAAGCAGAAAGUAAUGAGCCAUGUUACCAGCGGCUGCCAGAUAUCUGUCACUAAAACAUCCCCCGGACCCAAGGCCGCAGGGGACCCAGUUAGCUGCUGAACAUGCACAAGGAAGGAAAUCGAGUUUCUUAAAUAAAGGUUAAAUAUAUUUAUAUUUUAAAGCAAAAGGCAAUGACCUGCUCCAGAUAAAAGGAGACACGCUGGAAGAGUUUGCUUUAUUUUAUUUAGCUCUCUUGCAUAUGUUGUUAAGCUUGAAGGAACACAUAAGUACAAGUAAAGGAUGAACUCUCAUAGCUCUCCACUCUCAAGCAAAGACUUGCAAGAAGAUGCACAUGUGCUCAGGAAACAUGGCUGGGCUCCAGUUGCUUUCUU